CACGGAACUCUCGAGAUAUCCGUCAAUGUUACUCUCGACAAUGUUACCCAUUUUUUUGAAGAGGAGAAGAAAAUCACAAAUCAGAGGCGAACCCUAAUUUUCGAUCAUGCCACCGAACAACAAUCUGAGAUCCGUAAUCGCUCAGUGCCGCAAUUUCUAUACGUCCCGCAGUAGCAGAGAGUGGAAGAGAGAGAUGUUUUUAAUUCGAGGUCCAGGGAUGGCUCUGGGAUUGGGCUUAGGUUAUAUUGUGGUUGGGGGAAACGUAUCGGAACUUGAGGCAGAUCGGCGACAGUGGACGGGAGACCACGUCGAUUUAAGGAAGAAGAUGUGGCCAGAACUAAAGGAUAAGGAGUGGUUUAGGAUUACGUCAAGGAUGUGGUCUGAGUCUGAUAUAAGGAAAAAGAUGUUGCGUAUGAGGUCUGAUCUAUGGGAGUCUAUGGGAGUCAGCAGGUCGUCUGAUCUAUGGGAGGAAAAGAUGUGGGAUUAUCUAACGAAAAAGAUGUGGUAUGAUCUAUGGAAAAGCAUGUGGUCUGAUCGAUCUUAGGGAGAAGGAAAAAUCCUAAUUAUCUUCAAGCUUUUUGUAUCCGGUCAUUGUGGAGUAUUUGGGAUGAUCUAAGGAAAAGCAUCUGGUCUGAUUCCUAACUAUCUUCAAGCUUUGUAAAUGUUCAACGUGGAGACCAGAAUAAUCAUCAAUUAAGAGAAUCUGUUUCUGUCGAUGAUUCUGAUGCCUGGUUUAUGGAUUGUUA